UCAAGCCAAUUCGAAACCGGUCCAGCUGUCAACUGACAAUACAUGACCAAAUUCCUUAAUCUGUCGUAGCAGUCUAUUUUUUUCAAAGUCACGUACCCAUCGUGUGAACUUCGAUCUUUCGUGUUCAAGUCUGGAAGUUUUCCUACAAUCUUGAACGGAAUUGAAAAUGUGCGACGAACAAAUAAUGGACGAGAAUUUCGGAACGCAUCUGCAAUUAAACGAUUUGCCUUCAGAGUUGUACGAUGAGAUUUUCAAGUAUCUUCAAAUGGACGAUUUGGCAAACAUGUCUCUCACGUGCAAAAUGUAUAAAGCAUUAACGGAGAGCUUUUUCAGUCGAUUCUUUCGGAGCGAAGUAAUACACAUCUUCUCGAGAAAAACCGUUAGAAUAGGCCAGAGAUACCAGAUCCGCUUUCGUCAGUGUAUUCGAUCCGUUGAGGUCGAUUUUGAAACUGUGGAUUCAGUCAACGCGACGUUUUUAUUCAUUCGAAAUAAUUGUGCGUCGGAUUUGCGAUCGUUGGUGCUGUAUUCAUACGAAAAUAAGAGCGGAGUGGAAGAUAUUCAUGUGGACAUCAUCUUGGAUCAGAUUAAAAAUGUGGAAAUUUUAUUGGUUAAAGAUGUGUGCCCCGGCUACCUAAUGAAACAUUGCAAGAAAAUUCACACGUUAGGAAUUUCAGCUGAUGACAUAGAUGCAGAUCGGAACGAUUGGUUCAGAAAUUGCAAUCCCAAAUUAGAGACUGUGAUGUUGUCCUAUUGUCUGCGUGAUGCAGGUUCAUUCACAAAUUUCCUUCGAGUUAAUCCCCAAUUGAGUGCAAUCGUUUUGAAGAAUAAUGACUUGGGUAUCGACAGUCUCUGUUCGGCAGAAAUCACAUUGGAUUAUGCGGCUGUGCAACUGACCGAUCAAAGCUCACCUUUAUUGGAUUUGGCCAAGCUCAAUCGAAGAUCAAUGAAAUCAUUGGAUUUAUUGUUAUCGAAUGAACACUACAUUUAUCCCUCAUUCGACUUGGUGGCUGUACAGGCAGCAUUCGACUUGGAGGUAGCUGAUGGUCUACAUUUCGUAGCUACUCGAGAAAAUUCACACAUUUUCGAAACUAUAGGAAUUAAACGGCACAUUAAACGUUUAUGUAUUGAAUUCGACAACGACGAACUGACGGUAAAUAUUUCCGAAAGAAUUGUCAGCGCUUUCCCAAACUUACAAUGCUUAUGGAUUUAUCGUGGAUUUUCUGAAAGAAAUUCCAUCACUGAAUUGAUAUUGCCAAUCGUCAGCUUCGCAAAGAACAUAAAGGCGAUUUUUUUCGUCUCGUCUAAAUGUGACCGUAUAUCAAAACGUGACGCAGUCAAACUGAACACAGCUCGCUCAAAAACGACGAAUGCUUCAAAGGUCAAGAUAAUUACCGAUGGCUCUGUUUCAUCGAAGCUCAGUUUAGUCGAAAUCAACCGCUGCCAACGUCGGAACGUUUUCUGUCCUUUAUGUCAUGAGUCGGUGAUCGAUUGGGAAUUACUGAAUUAUGUCUCUGAAGCAUUCUAAUGAAGUGAGAUGAACAUUUACGAUGAACUGGAUAUUCAUUUAAUUAAGCUAAACAUAUCUGAUGUUACAUUUAAUAGUGA